ACUUGGUGACUAUUUUUUUCUUUUUGCAGUACUGGGUUUGAACUCAGGGCCUUGCACUUGCUAAGCAAGUGCUCUCACACUUGAGCCACUCCACCAACCCAACACUCGAUGACUUUUGAGUUGAUUCCCUCUUAAACUAGAUUUUAUUCUUCAAUCCACGGAUCCCAGUGGACUCACAUGGCUCUGUUACGAAAAGUUAAUCAAGUGCUGCUGUUCCUUCUGAUCGUGACCCUCUGUGCAAUUCUGUACAAGAAAGUUCAUAAGGCUGCUGUGCUCAAGGGUGAAGCAGAUGAUGACCCUGAGGCCCCGGAGGACAUGGAAGAGGAGAUCCCGGUUGUGAUCUGUGCAGCUGCAGGGCGGAUGGGCGCGGCCAUGGCCGCCAUCAACAGCAUCUACAGCAACACGGACGCCAACGUCAUGUUCUACGUGGUGGGGCUGCGGAGCACCCUGCCCCGAAUACGAAAAUGGAUUGAACAUUCUAAACUGAGAGAAAUAAACUUUAGAAUCGUGGAAUUCAACCCUGUAGUCCUGAGGGGGAAGAUUAGACCGGAUUCAUCACGGCCUGAAUUGCUCCAGCCUCUGAACUUCGUUCGAUUUUAUCUCCCUCUGCUCAUUCAGCAUCAUGAGAAAGUCAUCUAUUUGGACGAUGAUGUGAUUGUGCAAGGUGAUAUCCAAGAAUUAUACGACACCGGCUUGGCCCUGGGCCACGCAGCAGCCUUCUCAGAUGACUGUGAUUUGCCCUCUGCUCAGGACACCAGUAGACUCGUGGGGCUCCAGAACACAUACAUGGGCUACCUGGACUACCGGAAGAAGGCCAUCAAGGACCUUGGCAUCAGCCCAAGCACCUGUUCUUUCAAUCCUGGAGUGAUAGUCGCCAACAUGACUGAAUGGAAGCACCAGCGCAUCACCAAACAGCUGGAGAAAUGGAUGCAAAAAAACAUGGAGGAAAACCUCUACAGCAGCUCCUUGGGAGGCGGGGUGGCCACCUCGCCCAUGCUGAUCGUGUUUCACGGGAAAUACUCCACCAUCAAUCCUCUCUGGCACAUUCGGCACCUGGGCUGGAAUCCAGAUGCCAGAUAUUCGGAGCAUUUUCUGCAGGAGGCUAAGUUACUCCACUGGAAUGGAAGACACAAGCCUUGGGACUUCCCUAGUGUUCACAAUGACUUAUGGGAAAGCUGGUUCGUCCCUGACCCUGCAGGGAUAUUUAAACUCAAUCGCAAUAGUUGAUUGAACCCAAUGUUGAAAGUAUUCCCCGUACAAAUGCACAAUUAGAACUGUCCUUUUGUAGCUAGUACAGCACUAUUCUUUAUGAACAGUACUCUUGAU